AUGGCACCUCAGAUCCUCAAGUCGCUCGAGCCGGCGCCGCCGCGCGUGCAGCGAGGCAACCUCUUCGACUUCCUCUACAGCAACCCCAACAAGGUCGACGAGAACAAGCCCGCCUAUAUCCGACUCGAUGGCAAGAAGAUCACGCGCAAGCAGCUCCAGGACGACUCGCGACGACUUGCCCACGCUCUGCGUCACAAGCUCGGCCUCCAGCCAGGUUCGAGGAUCGGCAUCAUCUCGCCCAACAGCACUGCCUACCCAUGGAUCGUCCACGCCGGUCUCUGUGCCGGUGUCGUGCUCGUCCCCAUGAACCCAGCUUAUGGCCCUGAGGAGAUCGGUCACCCUCUGCACGACUCGCAGAUGGAGUACAUUUUCUGCCACCAGAGUGUGCUCAGCACGGCGCGAGAGGGCCUCGAGAUGGCCAACUACGGUCUCAAGUCAAAGAACGGUCAGAACCGCCUCUGGAUCUUGGACGACGGGGACAGCCUCAAGAAGGGCGACAAGGGAGAGCUCGAUGCGCGCACACUGAUGGGAGACGACCGCCUCGAGACGCACAAGGUCGUCGACGACCGCACCGAAGACGUCUUUAUCGUCUACUCGAGCGGCACCUCCGGCAAGCCAAAGGGCGUCCAGCUCGUGCACGGCAACAUGACCGCAGUCACCACCGCCAUCGCCAAGACUUUCGGAGACGCCAUUGGGCCCAACGACAGAUACCUUGCCGUCCUGCCCUGUUUUCAUAUCUUCGGCUUAGCCAAAACGAUCUGUAAGGGCUUAUUCAUAGGUGCCGAGUCUGUCGUCGUUCCCAAGUUCGACCUGGACGUCUUCUGCUCGGCGGUGCAGAAGUUUAAGUGCAACAUCGCAUAUGUGGUCCCGCCGAUCCUGGUGCUGCUGGCCAAGGACCCUCGUGCCAAGGAGUACAACCUCAAGAGUCUGCAGUGGGUCAUGUCGGGCGCGGCACCGCUGGGUACGGAGCUCAGUUUGGAGGUGGAGGCGGCGCACCCGGGGCUCAAGGUGACUCAGGGAUGGGGCCUCUCCGAGACUUCGCCGACGGCAACGUUUGCCCGUCCAGACGAGUACCACGACCACAUGGGAAGCUGUGGUCGACUCCUUGCUGGCGUAGAGGGCAGACUGGUCGACGAGGAUGGCAACGACGUCGGCCACGAGCAGGGCGAAAACGGCAAGCCGGGCGAGUUCUGGGUCCGUGGACCAACCAUCAUGAAGGGCUACCUCAACAACAAGGCUGCCACCGAGGACUGCAUCACACCAGAUGGCUGGUUCAAGACAGGCGAUGUUGCCAUCAUGAAGGACAACUUCUUCUGGAUCGUGGACCGCAAGAAGGAGCUCAUCAAGUACAAGGGCUUCCAGGUGGCCCCUGCUGAGUUGGAGGCAACAUUGUUGUCCCACCCCAAGGUCGCAGAUGUAGCUGUCAUUGGCAUCCACAGCAACGAGCAGGCAACGGAGUUGCCACGCGCAUACGUGGUGCUCAAGGACAAGAGCGAGAACGCGGAGGCCGCGAUCAAGGACAUCAUCGAAUGGACCGCAAAGAAGGUCGCUAACCACAAGCGAUUGCGCGGCGGCGUCAAGAUCCUGGAUGAGAUUCCCAAGAGUCCAUCGGGCAAGAUCCUGCGUCGAUUGCUGCGAGACGAGGCUGCCAAGGAGUCGCAGUAG